GGGAGAAGGGAAUGUUGGAAAAAAGGAGGAUCUGGGGGGAUCUCAUUCCCUACAACUCCGUGACGGGAAUUAAGUGGGAAUUGGGCUCUGCUCCCUGGGAAUAAAAGUCGGGAUAAGAAGGAGGUUUAGGCAGGAUAUCGGGAAAAUUUCUCUCCCAGGACAGUGUUGGACUCCUCAUUCCAGGAGGGAUUUAAAUCCAUGUGGAUGUAGCACUGGGAGAACUGGAUUAACGCUGGAUUCCACGAUUUUAGAGGGCUUUUUCCAACCUCAAUGAUUCCUUCAUUGAGGCCAGGCUGCUCCUCGCCUCUCCAAACCUGGAAUGCCGGGAUUGCGGUGCCGCAGGGAAGGAAGGACCCGGGGCCCUGCAGCGCUGGGAAGGAGCGCAGGGAAGGCGGGAAUGCGCGGCGGGAAUGCGGGAUGAGGGAUGCGUUGCCAAGGCAACCAUUCCAUCUCCAUCUCCCGCCUCCCCCCGGAGCCGCGGGGGAUGCGAGGGCGGGGUGCGGGAUUUGGGAUGCGGGAUUUGGGAUGCGGAGGGGGGGGAGGAGGGGGAGGGAUUUGGGAUCCCGCCCUCCGCAGCGCCGGGAAGGAGCCGCUGGAGCCGGGAAUGCUCCGGCCGGGAGCCGCAGGACAGCGCGGCCCGGCGGGAGGAGGGCGGAGGGCACUGCGCUGUUUUCCAGCAGAAAUCCCGGAGCAGAAAGUUGCUCCGCGUUUCUUUUUUCAUGGAAAGCCGAUGCCUGCGGCGUAGGGAUGCGGGAGAGAGGGAAGAUCCCGCGUGUCCAUCCCUGCUCUGUCUUCCGCUUUAAAAGGUCCGGAUCUUCCCGGUCAUCUGAUCCAGGUCAAGCAGGACUUUCCAUCGGCGGCGGAUCCCACCCGAGCAUCCUCCCGGAGCGGCUGCUUCCCCCCGGCAGGAAGGCGUGAGGCUCCUUCAGUCCCUGGAAUACCGAGAGGUUGACCCCACUGCCGGCGCUCUCCCGUCCAUGGAUCACCUCCCGCCAUGAGCACGGACACCGAGCAGCUCCUGGCAGCCGGGAUCCCCCUCUGGAGCCUCUCCAGCUGGGCCAGCUCCCAGCCGCCCCCCAACAGCAGCAGCACCGUGGCGGCGGCGGCGGCAGGCGAGGCCGGGCGGGCCCCGGAGCGCGGCGGGAGCGCGGCGGAGAUCGCGGGCAUGGUGGUGCUGCAGUGCAUCUACGGCCUGGUGUGCCUGCUGGGGCUGCUGGGCAACGCGCUGGUCAUCUUCGUCAUCCUGCGCUACGCCAAGAUGAAGACGGCCACCAACAUCUACCUGCUCAACCUGGCCAUCGCCGACGAGCUCUUCAUGCUCAGCGUGCCCUUCGUGGCCACGGCGGCGGCGCUGCGGCGCUGGCCCUUCGGCCGCGCGCUCUGCCGGACCGUGCUGGGCGUGGACGGCCUCAACAUGUUCAGCAGCGUCUUCUGCCUCACCGUGCUCAGCCUGGACCGCUACAUCGCCGUGGUGCACCCGCUGCGCGCCGCCUCCUACCGCCGCCCGCGAGUGGCCAAGCUGGUCAACGGCGGCGUGUGGCUGCUGGCCCUGCUGGUGGCCUCGCCCAUCCCGGUGUUCGCCGGCACGGCGGUGACCCGCGACGGCCGGGCGGUGGCCUGCGACCUGCUGUGGCCCAGCCCGGCGUGGGCGGCCGCCUUCGUGGUGUACAGCAGCGCGCUGGGCUUCGUGCUGCCCGUGGUGGCCAUGGCGCUGUGCUACCUGCUGCUGGCCGGCAAGAUGCGCGUGGUGGCGCAGGGCGUGGGCUGGCAGCAGCGGCGGCGCUCCGAGGGCAAGCUGACGCGGCUGGUGGUCACCGUGGUGGCCAUGUUCGUGGUGUGCUGGCUGCCCUUCUACGUGGUGCAGCUGCUGGAGCUGCUGCUGCCCGGCCGCCUGGACGCCAGCGCGCACAACGCCUCGCUGCUGCUCAGCUACUCCAACAGCUGCGCCAACCCCAUCCUCUACGGGCUGCUCUCCGACAGCUUCCGACACUCCUUCCACGGCGUGCUGCGCCGCUGCCGCCAUGUCGGCCUGUGCUGCUGCCGCGACGGCGGCGGCGACAGAGGGGACAGCGAGGACGAGGAGGAGCCCCUGGAUUACUGCGCCGCGCCCCGCGGGGACGCCAAGGGCUGCGUGUGUCCCCCCCUGCCCUGCCAGCAGGACCCCCUGCGCCCCCAGCCCGGGGCGCUGCUCCCCAAAACCACCCCUUUCUAGGGGGUCCCGAAUCCCGCGUGGAAAGGGGAUGCCGGAUGGAGAGGGCCCGCCGUGCCGCUGUCCGAAAUAAAAAGCCAUAAGACUGGCCCGGGAUGGAGAGGA